GUGCAGGCUCUGGCACUUGGGGAUCUACAGAGCACUUGUCCUACUACAGGAUGCCUGGGAUACCUUCUCCCGGCCUGUUCCAGCCAGCUGUGGCCAGCUGCUGACUCAGCUACUCCUGUGUGCUUUCCUGGCUGGUACAACUACAGGUCUGCUCCAUCACUGGCUGGUCUCUUCACAGCUUUAUCCUCUGGGACCCUCAGCCCUAGUGACCACUGCCUGUGGCCUCCUUGUCUUCCUAAGUCUGAUCCUGGUACCCCCUGUCCGAUGCCUGUUUGUACUCAGUGUGCCCACCCUGGGCACCGAGCAGGGCCGCAGGCUGCUCCUGUCUUACAGUGCAGCCACCCUGACUGUAGCUGUGGUGCCCAACAUCUUAGCCAAUGUGGGUACAGCAGGGCAGGUACUGAGAUGUGUCACCGAGGGCUCCAUGGAGAGUCUGCUCAAUACCACCCACCAGCUGCAUGAGGCAUCAGGAGCACUGGGCCCUGUCCACCAAGCAGGCCACCGGAGCCUGGCAUUUGAGGUCCAGGGCAAUGGCUCUGCUUUCCGCCUUCACAUGCACGGGGUCAUACAGCAGAUCCUGGAGGACUUCUCUGGCCUGGAGGCCCUGGCCCAGGCAGGGAUGCUGGGCACCCAGAGGGUGGUCACAGGGCUGUUUAUGUUGGGCCUCUGGGUGGAGUCUACCUGGUACCUCCAUCACUACCUCACUGACCUGCAAUUUGACAAUAUCUACAUGACUCAGCAGCUGGUUCAGCAGCUGACCCAGGCCCGGGCCACACACCUGCUGACCUCUCCACCCUUCUGGCUGCUUCGGGCGGUUAGUCCAAAGCUGUCACAGGAGGAGCUGUUGAGUUGUCUCCUAAGGCUGGGGCUACCGGUACUGCUCCUGGUUGCCACAGCUGUGACGUUAGCCACAGACCACGUGGCAUUCCUCCUGGCACAAGCAGCUGUGACCUGGGCUCAGAAGUUGCCCGCUGUCCCCGUCACACUCACAGUCAAGUAUGAC